AUGGCUAAAGGUGGGAAGUUGAAAGAGAUGCUCUCGCAUCAAAAGAAGCAAGAAGAAUUCGAAAAGAUGGAGAAAUCUAAGAAGGAAAAGAGUAAGGCUAAUGUUGAGAGAGAUGAACCUACCGUAGUUACCGCAGAUGAUUUGGCAGCUGUUGAGCAAUCUAAAGCUGAACCUAACCAAAAGAGCGCUGAAAAAGUUGAGGAUUACCACAGCCAGGCAUUAUCUAAGAAGGAUAAGAGGAAAUUGAAGAAACAGAUGAAGAAAGAACAAGCGAAGGACCAGGUUAAGGAGUCUGAGGAUGCUGAAGAGGAUGAAGAAGAAGAGGACGAAGAUGAUGAAGGUGAAAGGGAGUUAGAUCUGGAAAGAUUGGCUCAAAGUGAAUCUGAUGAAGAUGAGGAUGAAGAUGAAGAUGAGGAUGAGGAUGAAGGUGAGGAUCAAGAGGGAGUUGAGGAACAAGCGGAAGACGAAGAAGACGAAGAAGAACAAGAUGUCCCACUUUCAGAUGUGGAAGUCGACUCCGAUGCUGAUGUCGUGCCACACCAGAAAUUGACCAUGAAUAAUACCAAGGCUCUAAGACAUUCAUUACAACGUAUACAAUUGCCCUGGUCCAAGCAUUCCUUUGAAGAGCAUGUUUCCGUGACUUCCAAGACGAAUACUGAUGAAGGUAUCAAGGAUAUUUACGAUGACACUGAACGUGAAUUGGCCUUCUACAGACAAUCCCUAGACAGUGUGAACUAUGCUCGUGAACAACUAAAGAGAUUGAAGAUUCCAUUCAAGAGGCCAUUGGAUUACUUUGCAGAGAUGGUUAAGAGUGAUGAACAUAUGGAUAAGAUUAAGGGUAAAUUGGUAACAGAAGCAAGUGAAAAGAAGGCACGUCAAGACGCUAGGCGCCAGAGAGAUCUAAAGAAGUUUGGUAAGCAAGUGCAAAACGCUACCUUGCAAAAGCGUCAAUUGGAAAAGAAAGACACUUUGGAGAAGAUUAAGGCAUUGAAGCAAAAGAGAAAGCACAAUGAAAUUGGUGAAGAUGAAUUUAAUGUUGGUGUAGAAGAAGCAACCAGUUCCGCCGUUGAUACUGGUGCUGGUGCUAAGAGACCAAAGGUCAACCAUAAACGUGAUGCUAAAGACAAGAAGUACGGUCAAGGUGGUAUGAAAAGAUUCAAGAGGAAGAACGAUGCAAGUUCCUCAGCCGAUAUGACUGGAUUUUCUCAAAGAAAGAUGAAAGGAAGACCAGGGAAGAGUAGACGUCAAAAGAAGCAUUGA